GCAUGCGAACCGACACUCUGUGUGAAGUCAAGUCGAAAAAAAACGAUGGAAAUGUAGCCUUUUUUAACCUUUAAACUUUUUUUGUUUUGUGCUGAAGUGACAACGCGUACAUGUUAGACACGGUGGGAUAACUUGGGUUUGCAUUACUUCAAGAAAACGGGACUUUAAGUGGUAUUUUCACCGGGUCGGCAGUGAGAGUGGGCUGCUUGGAGUCACUUACAAAGACCAAGAAGUCAUGACACGACGAACGUUUCACUUGGAUUUAACUUCAUAAAAUUCGAGGGAAAACGUUUACAGCCUUUCUAACUCGAAGCAUUCGGAUUACAAGCUAACGUGGUGCGACACUUAAUGCAGAUUUCUUCGCUUUUUUAAACAGUUUUCAAGUCGCCCUACUUGGAUCAAAGUUUUUUUUUUCCUUCCCUCCCCCCUCCUUCUUAACUAUGGCGGCGGCCAGGUCCACCACUGGCUCAGUGUUGCUGCGGAUCAUGUGGCUGGUGUGCGGGUUGUCCUUCUCUUCCUCUUCUGCUCAACAUUACAACAGUGAUAGUGGAAUUUCUAUCCCAGAACACGGGUUCUGCCAACCCAUCUCUAUCCCGCUUUGCACCGACAUCGCCUACAACCAGACCAUCAUGCCGAACCUCCUGGGCCACACGAACCAGGAGGACGCCGGACUAGAAGUGCACCAGUUCUAUCCUCUGGUUAAGGUCCAGUGUUCUGCUGACCUAAAGUUCUUCCUCUGCUCCAUGUAUGCACCAGUCUGCACAGUGCUGGAGCAGGCCAUCCCCCCUUGUCGGUCCCUGUGUGAGCGUGCACGGCAGGGAUGUGAAGCCCUCAUGAAUAAGUUCGGGUUCCAGUGGCCGGAGCGGCUGCGCUGCGAGGCUUUUCCCGUCCAUGGAGCCGGUGAGAUCUGCGUCGGUCAGAACACGUCUGAACCCAGUGGCCCGGCCUCGUCUUCCCCCUAUGCACCCGAUGCUGUGACCCUUCCCCCAAACAUAGGCCGACCCAACCAACGCCCGCCCCAGCACAAUCAGUACCACCAGUUCUCAUGCCCUCUACAGCUGGAGGUGCCUACAUACCUGGGCUACCGAUUUAUGGGGGUCAACGACUGCGGGGCCCCAUGUGAGCCCACUAAACCCACCGGCAUCAUGUAUUUCCGGGAGGAUGAGGUCAAAUUCGGCCGGCUGUGGGUUGGAAUCUGGUCCAUUCUGUGCUGUGUGAGCACCUUAUUCACAGUGCUCACCUAUUUAGUGGACAUGAGGCGGUUCAGGUACCCCGAGAGGCCCAUCAUCUUCUUAUCUGGGUGUUACUUUAUGGUGGCGGUAGCCUACGCUGCUGGAUUUUUCCUGGAGGACAAAGUCGUUUGUGUGGAUAAAUUCAAGGAUGACGGCUACAGGACAGUGGCUCAAGGGACUAAAAAGGAGGGCUGCACCAUCCUCUUCAUGGUGUUGUACUUUUUUGGUAUGGCCAGCUCCAUCUGGUGGGUGAUUUUGUCCCUGACUUGGUUCCUCUCUGCCGGGAUGAAAUGGGGCCAUGAGGCGAUUGAAGCUAACUCCCAGUACUUCCACCUGGCCGCUUGGGCUGUCCCGGCCAUUAAAACCAUCACCAUCCUGGCCAUGGGCCAGGUGGAUGGCGACGUCCUGACCGGGGUGUGUUUCGUUGGGAUUUUCAACGUGGACGCCCUCCGCGGUUUCGUCCUGGCUCCGCUUUUCGUCUACCUGUUCAUCGGUACGUCCUUCCUCCUGGCCGGCUUCGUGUCCCUCUUUCGGAUCCGCACCAUCAUGAAGCACGACGGCACCAAGACGGAGAAGCUGGAGAAGUUGAUGGUGCGGAUCGGUGUGUUCAGUGUGCUCUACACGGUACCAGCCACCAUAGUGAUCGCCUGUUACUUCUACGAGCAGGCCUUCAGGGAGCACUGGCAGCGGACCUGGCACAUGCAGACCUGUAAGCGGUUCGCCGUACCCUGCCCGGUUCACAACUUCGCCCCCAUGACUCCAGACUUCACCGUGUUCAUGAUAAAAUACCUGAUGACCAUGAUCGUCGGCAUCACUUCGGGUUUCUGGGUUUGGUCCGGCAAGACUCUUCAAUCAUGGCGGAGUUUCUACAAGCGCCUUAGCAACGGUAACCACGGAGAGACAACGGUGUAAAGUUUCGAGGAAGAAAAGGCACAAAGCCCGGGAGUUUUGGAUACAAUAACCAUGGAAAUGAGGUCAAAUAGCUUUCUUUUGUAAUACUAUUUUGGACAAUUUUUUCACUUGUCUUCAGGUUGUGACAGCAAUUCAGGCUUUUGGACACACAACCAAACUUUAAUCUAUAUUCAAUAGAAGUUGGAUGAUUUUUCUAUAUAUUUCCUUUUUUUGUCGUUAUCAGCUCACACUCCUGGCUUUUGCAUCCUUGGAUUAUAAACUGGUUUGAAUGGCCAUACUGGUCCCUGGACUGUACUGCCAGACUGGAGGGGGUUACUUUUAAUAUGAAACUUCCUACAUAUUAUUGAAUAUAUCCUAUUACAAUUUGAAUGUACUUCCUGUCUACUCCGGUGAGAGUUUUUCAGUGGAAAACACCAUCACAGAAAAGACUGAUGGAUCAAGCAGUGUGGCCAUCUGCCCAUGCUGCAGCAAAAAGGUCAAUGGUUUGAUCCUUGCCACCGCCACACCCUCUGACUGUGAAUUCAUUAAUUAUGGAUCCCUGGAUUAUACAUGUACAUUUUAGGUUACUCUGCUUUCAGCUAAAAACCGAAAUGCUUUCAUAUGUGUUGCAGAGUACAAUCUCGCCUGUUUUUAAUCUGAGAAAAAGUCCAUCAACUAGUGACUCCACGCCAUUGUGUGCCAAGUGGCUGCCCAGAAAUCAAAACUUCUUUUCAUUUUCUUUUUUUUUACUUAAUGUUUUUUAUUUUUCAAACUGUUGAGUAUUUGCUUCUGUAUUGAAUGUUCACUCCGAAGGUGAAUGAAGUUAUGUAUUGGUUGCACAGCUAUUCUAAAGGUUAAAAGUGUUUAAAAUGACUGAUUCACCACAUGAUGGCUAGGAUUAAACAGUAAGAGAGACCACACACACACACACACACACACACACACACACACCACACACACACACACACACACACACACACACACACACACACACAGAACGGCUCUACUCUGCAAUGACACACCAGCUUAUGUUGUCUCUGUGUGUGGUCUUUCAACUGUUGGACUAAAGACUUCUAGGGUUUUAAGACAUCCAAAGCACCAUUUCAAAGAUCCAAAUUUAAUCCAUGGUUGCUAUAGAUUUUUGAUGUUAUUCUUUUCCUUGAUGAAGAUGACUGUACACAUUCAGGCUUGUAUUCUAGCCAGUGUAACUGAAUCUGUCUUAAUCCCUCACUUGAAGUGUUGUAUGGUUUUUACAAGCAGGCUGAACAUUUUAGGGUUUUUAAUACAGCAUUCUUUUAGUGUCUAGGUUACCUUACAGAAGCCUUAAAAACACAGAAACUGCAUUUAUUUUCCCUGAGUCUGGAAGCAGGACUUGUGUUUGUUUUAAAUCUCUGAAACACCAGAAAUGAGGUCAAAGGUCAUCUUGUGGAAUCCUUUUUUAUUUGGUUAGACAGCAGUGGAGACAGUGCAGUGUUCAGCAGACGUGGAUUGUUUAAUCUGGGACAGAAUCACUUGAGACAAGACACUAAUUUAUUAAUAAAAGUUCUUAAAAUUUAAACAAUCACAUUGCCUAGUGUCCCAACCCUAAAGUUUUUUUUCAGUACUGUUAAUUUAUUUACACUCCAUUCAAGUAAGAAAACACUACAUUUAGAAUAACAGUGUUUAGAAAAACAGUGUCCUCAUUAUUGGUAACCAGUGAUUUUGUCCCAUUGCUAAUCCUCUGUUGCAUCUAAUACACAGAAUUGAAUGAGUAACCCACAGUUUAUUUCUCUGACUAAAUAAUGAAACCGGUAAGAGAUCUUGGGGGGGGCAACCUGAGCAGAAAAGCAUGCUAUUUUAAGUGAGUCAGCUGCAAGGCAGCAUAUGUUUGCCAGAAGGUUUUUGUUACUUGUCAAAUAGCACAUUUUCUUUACAUACAUACCAUGUAAAUGAUGAAUGGAAACACCCUGCAACAAUGGGGGUAAACUAAUUACCUUAAAGACUUGUGUUCUAAUGCAUUUUAAUCUCUAAAGCUGUGUCUUGAAUCCACACAUACUAAUAGUAGAGCAUAUACACCAAGUACCAAUCCUCAUAGUAUACUCUUAAAGCAGUUUGUCUACGAGAAGUGCCACAGUUCCCAUGUGAAUGCACCACAUACCUCAAACCUUGGAUACAAUUAGUGUGUAGGAUUGAG